AUGUUGCUGGUGGCUUCGGAGACGGGCCACGUGUACACGUUUGCGACGCGCAAGCUGCAGCCGAUGAUCACCAGCGAGGCAGGCAAGGCGCUGAUCCAGACGUGUCUGAAUUCGCCGGAUCCUCCGGUGGGAGCCGCGGGCGGCGACCAGCGCAUGUCCGCCACCGGCUUCGAGGAGACCGAGCUGACGUACAACAUCAGCGACGAGGACAGCAAAGUAAGGCAAAUGGUGUACGGUUCGCCGCACACUCACGCACACCCGCACUCGAUCGGCCAGGGCCACUAUUCGCACCUCGAGCAGAGCCACCUGGGGCUGGGCGGCUCGCCGCAGCACGGCGGCUACUCGCAAGCCUGUCCCAGUCCCCUGCCGCCUCCGCACCAGGGCUACGGCCACCCCCAACACCCGCACUCGCACAUGCACUCGCAUGCCCAGCGGUAGGGGCUGUGUAAAUUUUAUAGCCCAAAUUGGGACGCGCUCUCGCUCUCUUAGUCAUGAAUUAGUUUAUUUAAUAAUAACGAGAAAUCCCAGGUCCAUCCGUCCGUCGACGAUGCGUCAAGCGAUUACAAAGUGAAUUUAUGACCGCAUUUUUCCAACACGUUCAGAUAUCAACUUAGAUAUACAAGGCCGGUUCUUUGAGGAGCUCUUCAAUUUACUACCGAAAAGAUCAUUCCGACCUCUUUGUU